UCGAUAACUUGUUGACCCCUAGAAAAAGAAAGAAGAACUGAAGUCACGGCGAGUGCAUUAAUUCUCAUCAACAACGCGCGUACGUGUGUACAAUUUUGACAUCACUCUUUCUGGUACCUCACCUUCCACCUUCACAUUUUCGGUGUUAAUUUUUCUCAAAUCCAAAACCACAAUCACGCUGCGUGUGACUCUCUCACACUAAUACGAACUACAGUUACACUCUUCUCUUCACACCAUAACAACGUAACGGUCAAAUUUUCGCUCUCAUUUUUCAACCUCUUCAUUAAUUCAUACCGAAAAAAUCACGCUCGCAAAUUUUUCUCUGCUACAUUACUCUCCACGUUAAAUUUCUAGGGUUGGUAAUGUUUCUAGCGUGAUGAGUGAUGAAUUUCGUUUCGUACAUUUCGUAUUAGAUUUUUGAAAGAAAAGAAAAUGGUUACUGCGAUUUCAACAACCACGACGACGAAAAACACGAAGAGAGCACCAACACCAACGAGGCCACCGUUGUUACCUUCUGAAUCGGACAAUGCAAUUGUACGAAAACCGAAAGCGCGAGAAGUUACUUCUCGUUACAUGUAUUCAUCUUCUUCUUCUUCGUCGUUUUCGUCGCCGCCGAGAAGAACUAACUCGCCGUUGGUGAAUAGAACGGUGAAUUCGACGAAACAGAAAUCGACGCCGUCAGUUACUCCGGCGGCGUUCGUGAAGCGAUCUCAGUCGACGGAGCGGCAGAGGCAACGUCAAGGAACUCCUCGGCCGAACGGUGAGACUCCGGUUGCUCAGAAAAUGUUGUUUACUUCGGCGAGGAGUUUAUCUGUUUCGUUUCAGGGAGAAUCGUUUUCGAUCCCGGUGAGUAAAGCGAAACCGCCAUCGGCGACGGUGACGCAGAGUUUGAGGAGAAGUACGCCGGAGAGGAGGAAGGUUCCGGCGACGGUCACAACACCGACAAUUGGAAGAGGAAGAGUGAACGGAAAUUCUGAUCAAACAGAAAAUUCGAUUUCUAGGUCAGGGGAUCAGCACCGAUGGCCGGCGAAAUCACAACAGAAUCAAGCGAAUUUCAUGAAUAGAAGCUUGGAUUGUGGUGUUUUGUUGAGAAGUUCGAACGGAUUUGGAAGCAAUGUGGUUAGGUCAUUGCGGAAUUCGUUAUUGGAUCCUCGAGUUUCUCACGAUGGUGCUACAUUGAGAUCAGAAAGCAACAAAAAUGGUGGAUCUGAGCCGGUAAUUGAACCUGAACUUGUUCCUUCUGAUAAUGAAAGUGUUACUUCUGGGAGUUCUUCUGGAGUACUGGAUUAUGGAGGUGGAAAACCGCAACGAUCAGCUCGAGCGAUUGUUGUUCCGGCGAGGUUCUUGCAAGAGGCUACUAAUCCAUCUUCGAGAAAUGGUGGAAUUGGAAACAGAUCAACCGUUCCUCCGAAGCUUUUGGUGCCGAAAAAAUCAGUGUUCGAUAGUCCUGCAUCGUCUCCACGAGGAAUUGUGAAUAAUCGGUUGCAAGGUUCGCCAAUUCGUUCUGCAGUUCGUCCUGCUUCUCCAAGUAAGCUAGGGACGCCAUCACCGAGGUCCCCUUCGCGUGGUGUGAGUCCUUGCCGUGGAAGAAACGGUGUUGCUAGUAGUUUGAGUAGUAGAUUUGUUAAUGAGCCUUCUGUUUUGAGUUUUGCUGUUGAUGUUCCGAGGGGGAAAAUUGGAGAGAACAGGGUAAUUGAUGCGCAUUCAUUGAGACUCCUACAUAACAGGCUCAUGCAAUGGCGUUUUGUGAACGCUAGAGCAGAUGCUUCCCUCUCUGUGCAGACAUUGAAUUCUGAGAAAAGCCUCUAUGCUGCUUGGGUAGCUACAUCGAAACUACGUGAAUCUGUUGUCGCCAAAAGAAUAAUGUUACAGUUGCUGAAGCAACAUUUAAAGCUAAUAUCCAUCCUGAAUGAGCAAAUGAUCUAUUUGGAAGACUGGGCUAUUCUGGAUCGGGUGUACUCUGGUUCCCUCUCAGGAGCGACUGAAGCGCUAAAGGCCAGCACCCUACGCCUUCCUGUUUUUGGUGGCGCCAAGAUAGAUCUACUGAAUUUAAAGGAGGCUAUUUGUUCUGCAAUGGAUGUGAUGCAGGCCAUGGCAUCCUCCAUAUGCCUACUGUUACCAAAGGUUGUAAAUGUAAAGUCACUGGUAGUUGAAGUUGUCAAUAUAAGUGCAAAGGAGCGUUGUUUACUUGAUGAGUGCCAAGAUCUUUUGUCAAUUAUUAGAACUAUGCAGGUCAGAGAGAGUAGCCUGAUAUCGCAUAGUAUACAGAUGAAAUGCUUACCUAGAAGUCAGCAAUGAAAUUGACAAGUAAAUAACUAUAUUGUCUGACCUGUCCUUUUUUGGGUGCUAACAUCAUGAGUAUAACAUAGGAGUGGUUAGUUAGUUUGGUGCUGAAUUCAAUCCAUGAAACGGUCUUGAUUGAUUAGCAUAGUGAGGAUUGCAGAGUGUGAAGAUUGGAAUUUGUCGUUCUUCAAAUGGAAGUUUGCAUACAGUUUUUUUGUUUUUUGUCCUUAUAUCCAUCCUUUAAUGGUCAUAUGAUGUAUAUAAACUGUCUAGCUUUUUACAUGUUAAUUGAUUUUUUUGGUUGUAUUUAUUAGGUAUUAUUAAUUAGAGAAAUAUCAUGUCUAACACGUAUUUGUACAUGGUUUAGAUUAGAUACAAUGUUUUUUCCCCUCUCAGUUACAUGAAAAAGUUACCAAGUUGUA